AUGAAUGUCGAUGGUGAUUUUACAGACAGAGGGACAUCCAGUUCUCAGCCACAUAAUGGCGGCAACAAUGUUGAAAGCACUCACAACAGUGCUGUUGGAAAUUCAGCAAAGAAUACUGGAAGCCCUGAAAAUUAUGUGACUUCUAUUAGAACUGUUGCCUUAUGUGUUUGCACAGCAGUGGCAUUUGGUGUUGGUUUGGGGUUGAAAGAUGGAGUUGGCAAGGCAUCUGAGUUUUUUGCUGGGUAUCUACUGGAACAGAGUUUAUCAGUGGACAAUCUUUUUGUAUUUGUUCUGAUAUUCAAAUACUUCAAAGUGCCUAUUAUGUAUCAGAAUAGGGUGCUUUCGUAUGGUAUUGCUGGCGCAAUAGUCUUCCGAUUGUCAUUGGUACUUCUCGGAACAGCCACCCUUCAGAGAUUCGAGGCAGUUAAUCUAUUGCUGGCAGGAAUACUUCUCUAUUCAUCAUUCAAGUUGUUUGCAGACGAAGAGGAAGAGGAUGAUCUAUCCAACAACUUUAUAGUAAAGACAUGCCAAAAAUUCAUCCCAGUUACUUCCAAUUAUGACGGCAAUCGAUAUUUUACAUUCCAGGGUGGUGUCUGGAAAGCUACACCAUUGCUUCUCACAGUAGCAGUUAUUGAACUCAGUGAUAUUGCAUUUGCUGCUGACUCAAUACCAGCAGUUUUUGGUGUUACACGAGAUCCUUUCAUAGUUUUUACAUCUAAUCUUUUUGCCAUCUUAGGUCUAAGGUCACUAUACACCCUCAUUUCUGAAAGUAUGGCAGAUUUGGAGUAUUUACAGCCCUCCAUUGGUGUUGUUCUGGGCUUUAUUGGUUGUAAGAUGAUCCUGGAUUUCUUUGGUUACCAUGUAUCAACUGAGGUUUCGCUCGGCUUUGUAGCUACAAUCCUCAGUUCUGGAGUGGUGCUGAGUCUGGUGAAGAAGUCUGACUAG